AUGAAGCCACCUCCUUUCAAGAAGGCGAGGAACUGCCGCGGAAGUAAUGACGUCAGUAUAGAACAGAUAGUUGAACAAGCUUUGCUCAGUGAUGAUGUUGCAUGUGAAUCGUUGCUUCGGAGGUUGAUCGGCUUUGAAAAAGAGGUCGUUGACACAGUCGUAGUGAUAUCGAAAGGUGUAAAUGCUUCCAAAAUUUAUCUACGAGGACCAUUUUCCAAGGUUAUUCGCGAGCACUUUACAUUGAUUGGUGUUGCCACGGCCAUUGAUCGUCUCAAAGAAUUUCAUGGUUUCAUAGUCGACAGUGUUGACAGUAAAUGCGUUAGGUUUAACUACCCAAGUUUGAGAAUGACGUCAACAAAUGAAAACUGCGACGAGGUCGCCGAAGCUAGGACUAUGGGAAGGCAUCCAUAUAUGGCUACACUAUCAAUGCUAUUAGACUUUUCUGACUCCGAUAUUUCUGAUAGAAUCAUCGAGCUGAUAGCUUUACAAGAGCUGCCAGCACACGAAAGGAAAGAGGCAGCAGAUCUUAUUGUCUCGUUCCUUCCAUCGUAUUGUAGUCGCUGCUCUAAUAAGCAGUUGCAGAUAUUCUUGGAAUUCGUUAUAUCAGAGCAUUCGGAAGAGAAAACUGUGUGUUUUGAAAGGUAUUCGGAGGUAUUCAGUGAGUCUGUACGCAAGUAUUUCGAGCAUGGUAUAGAAACGAAGUGGAAGAUUGAUGAGGUUCUUUCAUCGAGUGAAGAAUCCUUACUGAAUGCGUUUCUCAGCAUACCUGUGCAGUCACUUUCUCCUUUCGCAGCUGAACAGUAUGUGGUGGUUGCCGCCAUGCUUGCUUCAAGAACUCAGUUUACACAUGAGAAGUUAUUUUCGUCUAGCAUACAUGUGCUUGGACUUCUCAUAAGAUUUUCUGCUUUACUCGUGACAACAAAAUGGGAAGCAUUGUCGAAAUCUCCUGAAGAAGUACAAACAGAAAUUCUGGGAAAGAUCCGAAAUAAGUACCUUUGCGAAAUACUACACAGUAUUGAUUGGAAAAAUGCGGAUCGAGUGCAACCGUCCGCUGAGAGGUGGUUGACCAGUUCUAUAAUCGCCGGGGAAUUUAAUUUCGAGAAAAUCGUGGUAGAUCGAGCUCUUACAUUCCAGCUUAAAUACCUUCCUUUUGUCUAUGAAGGAGCUCGGAAUUUGGAAAAUAUUAUAGAUUGGAAAGUAUUGCUGUAUUUACAACGCGUUGGAAUCUCGCUCGAUGUACCGAUCUCAAUACUAUCUACGGAGAGGGUAUUAGAGUUGUUGGCAACUUGCUCGAGCGAACUGGAAAUAACAAACGAGACGCUUUCUAUUGUUGCUAAACUUAUUUCGCCACGUUUGAAGUCCGUAGCGACCACUUGUCUAGUAUUACUAGCAUCAAUUUUCGAAAGAGCUGAGAACUGUAUUGAGCUAUUAAGUUGUGCUGCUAGUGCUCUUGAGUCAUUCGGUCAUACUGAUGUCGAGCGUGAUAUCGUUGUGCUGUGUUUGAGCAUAGCCUCUUCACAGCCCUUAAAUGAUGCAGUUUACAACCAUAUUCGUGGAGUGCAGAAAGUUAUUCAAAAUGCUAUGCUUUAUGCUCACCAUGCUGUAAAUAACGACCAAUGUGCUUUAUUUGCACAGCUGUUUGUAAAAGUGACCAAAGCUGUACAACGAUUUAUAAUCAACAAGCUUGGAACAGCAGAGCAAGUGGAUGAGUUGAUCCACGCUUUAAACAGUUUGGCGCACAAUAUUAUACAACAUAAAGUGUACUACAGCAGGGUGAGCAUGAAUGAAUGUUUCAAGAUUUUAGCGGAGGAGAAACUACUUCAUGUCUAA